UGGGUGUUCACAAGUUGUCGAGACACCGUGCCGUGCGGGCUUGCGUUACGUUCCAAGACAGAGAGCCAAGAGAGCUCGGUCUGGUUUAUUUUUUUGUUUUCGUCGUACGUGUGCACCUCGAUAGAGCCGAAAAAGUGCGUAGCGCCCCCCACUUUUUGACAGAUAAAUAUAUACGUAUACAUAUACAAGUUUCAUAUAGGCGGAGAGAGGCGUGUUCGAACGUGUCUCGUGAGUCAUUGUUGUGCCGACUUUCAAACGUGUCGGACCUCGUGCCACUAACUUGAAAUAUACUUGAGUGAUUCGUAGCUCCAAUUCGAGUCGCGAAAGUGAUCGGUUAUCGGAAUAAUAUUGGAUAACAGUUUUAGUACAAGUUGACCAGUGUGUUUUUCGCUUUUCAUGAGUUUUUGUUUACGCGAUAAAAACGGUGUUUUGUUCAUCGCUUCGUGGUUCAGCGAUAAUUGUGUGGAUAGGUCGAUACCGAACAAUAAAUAAAUAUACAAAGCUCGCGCGAAACAAAGGGAAAAACGGACUUUGUCGUCGUGACAGUUUUGCUUCAGUGCUGCCACUUGGAACACGCGGCAAGUGAUACGCGGACGAUUGUUAAUUCAACUUUUAUACGGUUAGAAACUUUUUCGUUUAGUUUUUAACAACAGUUUUUUGAUAUCCAGUGCGCGGAUAUCGGAAGGGGGCGGAAAAGAAUAAAAUAAAAAGUAGGAGUGUCGGGAGAGAAGGUGCUUAGCUGCGUGUUUAAACUCGCGGCCUACGCAGUUCGGGCGAGGCCUUUCGCCGAGUUGGCCUCAAGUCACAGUGUUUCGCAAGAGCGAGUAAAAGAGAGAAAGAGAGGGGAACAGUACGAGAAGAGUGCGGUCCGCACGCGGUCGGCAGAUAAACGUUGACGCGUGUAUAGAUAAACGGUGCCCGACAGAGCGAGAGGGGCUCUUGAUAUACGGAAAUCCGUUUGGUGUUACGAGCAUUCUAUACCGAUGGUUAAGAGCCUGAAGAUGGAGCCGACGUUUUACGAAGAUACCGGAAUUUACGGUGGCGCGGGUAAUCGCGAAAACGUUGGUCAGCUCAAGAGGAAUUUGACGUUGGAUUUGAACGUAGGACAGAGACAAGGACCACAAGCAAAGAGGCCUAGACUGGGACCACUGUCGCCGGCUCUGAACAACGGUGUACCGAUUCUAAAUUCACCGGACCUGAAUAUGUUGAAGCUGGGCUCACCGGAACUCGAAAAAUUAAUAAUCGCCCAACAAGAUGGUAUGGUCACGACAAUGCCAACUCCUACCAAUCAAAUAUUAUUCCCACGAACGGUAACCGAGGCUCAGGAGCUUUAUGCCCGUGGAUUUGUCGAUGCUCUUAACGAACUCCAUCACUCGGACAGUUCACAAGAACCCGGCAGUAUUCAUGGGGCAACAUACACGAAUCUCGAACCACCCGGUAGCGUCCAAAGCACCGAAUCCACCAUUUCUCAGAGCAUGUUGUUGAUCAAGGACGAGCCACAAACGGUACCGUCGGUCUCGAGUUCACCGCCAAUGUCACCUAUCGACAUGGAAAGCCAAGAGCGAAUAAAGCUCGAACGUAAGAGACAAAGAAAUCGUGUCGCAGCAUCCAAAUGCAGACGGCGUAAACUCGAAAGAAUCUCCAGACUCGAGGACAAGGUCAAAUUGCUCAAGGGCGAAAACUCCGAGCUUAGUUCCGUUGUCCAUAGGCUCAAGGAACAUGUUUGCCGCCUCAAGGAACAGGUCAUGGAUCAUGUACAUUCGGGAUGUCAGAUAAUGACCGUUCCGGGACAGUUUUGAAGGGCAUCCGAUAUCGGUUGCUCGGCUCAACCAACUUCGCAUUAACGAUUGAUCAACAUGCGUUAACUCUGUUCAUAUGGCCCGUUCUACAAGGACGUUUAGAGGCCGUUGCUUCUAUUUUUCCCGCCGACCAACCCUCCGGACGUUGCUUAUUUCGAUUCUCCUUGCAACGGCCUUUCAAUCGAGCUGCUCGAAGGGCUCCCGGUGGAUUGUUUUUCUACCAUUAUACCCCGAUGAUCGCGCAGGUCAUGGACCACCUGCUGUGUGCUUCCAGACGCCUCGUCCUGGUCCCCCCCCCCCAAGGAGCAGCAUUUCGUGACCUUAUCCGAAGAAACCACGGCGGUCGCCAUAAACACUCCCAAUUUAUUUGGGUAUUGCUAUUUUGCACCUUGGAGGUUGGGCAGAGUAGAUAUGGAACUCGGUGUUCAUCUUCUCGAGUACGGCAUCGAUUUACCUUGUCUUUUAUAUUUUCUCCGGACCCUGACACCAUUUCGAAUGUAAUGAAGAAUCUGACAAGGCCACCGUGGAAGCAGCACAUUCGUAUGCCGAUGAAGCUCACUUGUUGCUUCUCUGGUAAUUCAACAACGAGUCCACAAUGGGAAAUUGGGGAACGAAAGGUUGAAAUUGACAAUUGCAUGUGGGAAAAGAAAUAAGGACGACAACUGAAAAAUCAGAAGCAGAGAAAAAUGAAGACGGAGCUGAAAAGUGGAAAUUGGGCUAUGGACCUUCAGUAACACAAGAGAAAUAUUCAAAAAACAAGAAGGAGAUAGAAGGAAGAGAAAGAGAGCGAGAGAGAUAGUUAGGGAAGGAGGAAACGCUUUCUGCAGAGUGCCUUUCAAGUGUAAGGAAAGAGAGAGGGAAUGGCAACGGUGCCAUGUAACCACCUCUCUCUCUCUCUCUCUCUCUCUCUCCCUCGCUCUCUAUCUCUCCUUGUGUCUCGACAUUCGCGCGAUUGCCUCCCGGCGGCAAAAAGGCAGUGGGAGUUGCCGGGAACGCGGGGGCGAGGGGGACAGAGCAUGUAAGAGAGAGAGAAUGAAAAACGUGGAGCGCGCGGCCAUUUUGGAGAACAUUGCGAAAUGCGCGGGAUAUUUAAAACCAGGAAUGUCAAGUCGAAGUUAUUUUCAACUUUCGGAACCGAUUUCCUUGUUGCGUAUAUUCUGCAUUGGACAUUUUAUGUAAUAUAUAAUUUAGUAUUUUAUGGAAUCAGCAAUCUUCAUCGAUUUCUCUUGUCUCUCUCACUUUCUCUCUUUUCUUCAAUAUUCAUACAGUUUCGAAUAUCGGUUUACGCAAACUUUCUUGUUUUAUAUUGCUGCAACGCGUCAAAUAUUGUUUAUAUAUAUAUAUUUUUUUUUUACUACGUCAUAUGUGCAUCUAGUCCAUUGUGCCCUCGCAACGUGUUUGCAAACUCAGAGACUUGAGAGUGUCAGCAUCGUCAAUCAAAAAUUUUUAAAUGACCUAUAUAUAUUUAGCAAUAUAUAUAUAGAUAUGUUUGAAUAUGUACUUUUAUUCGAAAAAAAACACAUUAUUGCGGUGUUGGUUACCGUAUGACGGUAUGGCAUCGAAAGGACAAUGGCCAUACAAUACAAUCGUAUUUUAUAGCGUAUUUUAUUUGGUCGCACAAUGUUUUUUGUUAUGUCCCUUGAAAUCUAUGAUUUUUCUUAUGUUCACGACUACUUUUCGUUACUUAUUUAUGCAAUAUGUGUAGCAUUUUUAGUAAAAUUGCCACCGGAUUGUCCCCGCCACACAAGUCAUCAAUGUAAUAAAAAAAAAAAACAGCAUGCUGUUGUACUCAUCGAUAUCUAACGCUGUUUGUAUUUCAGACGAUUCCUGUGGCAAUCAAGCGGCAAUAAUCAUUGUUUUUUCUUUUUCCAAUUUUAUUUUUUUGUCGUAGUGUUUCAUCGUACGACAAAAAUUGAGAUUAUUUGUAUAUUUGAAAAUCGUCAUACACCGGUUUGCAAACGCUAUUGAAAAAGUACGAAUUUGUGCCUUUUUUCUGUGGUGAAUAUUAGAUGACGACGAUGUUCACGGUUUUAAAUGAAAAAUAAAAUUCGAAAAAAUAAAUAAUUAAUCGAUUAUCGAUUGCCUCUGCUGAUAAUACUAUUUUAAAUAUAAUAAUGAAGAAAAAAUUUUAUCGAUUACGACGGUCAAGCCAAUGGGGCAAUACAACAGCGGGCUGCACAAAGAAAAAAAACGCAUGAAAGUAAAUGAAAAUAAAACCACAUGUGAUUUAGUCAUUUAAGUGAAAAAAGAAUUAAAUAAUGAAUAAAUAAAUGAAUAAAACCCCA